AUGCGCUCUGUAGCCUCCCGUAGGGAGGAAAUACAAAAAAAAAUUCAACUACUCCGAGAAGAAAAAGCGAGAGAACAAAAAGCGUAUGAUGAGAUUCUUGCAAAAGGUGUUAAUAUGACUCCUGCUGAGAUUGCUGAGGCUGCACGUCAAAAAGCAAUCGAGGAAGAGCCCACAAGCAUGAAUGUUGGCGAUACAACUAUUUCUGUUGGAGAUUAUGUGCACACUGUCGAUGAUCUGCAUACUUUACUUACUGCAGAAAAAGGCAUUUUCAUUCCUGAUCCUAUCAAACAAGUUUACUUGGGGGAGAAGGGGAAAGUAACACGAGUUCUGCCAUCAUUUCAGGGUAAACCAGCCGUGGAGAUGAGUUUCGCAGAUGGAGCUCUUAAAAUCUUUCUUACGGAUUGUCUCUCACUUGGGCACAACAGCGUGAGAAGACGUCAACAGCAACAACAGAGAACUGUCUCAACGGCGGUAGAAGGCAAAUCAAGUCAUGUGGAUCCAGUUACACUUCGCGUGCCGGAAUAUGUUCCGCCACCAAAGCCUGAGCCUUUGCCACAACCUACAUGGGGUACCAUUGAGAUUCCUAAACGAUCACCCAAUCCAAAAGCGAAUAAAUCUGAAAAGAAUUCAAUUAAGACAAUAUCAACAUCACCAUCACCAUCGCCAUCGCCAGCAACAGGAACAGCAACGAUGAUUGAAACGACGGCCAAACCAUUAUUAAUAGAAUCUCCAACUAUGGUGAAUAGAGAAAAAAGGGUUAGCUCAAAUAACUCAUUUUCUUCAAGUGAACGAAAAAAAAGUGAAUCAACCAUCAUGGGUAAGGUCAAGGGAAGAGAUGUAGGAAGUUCACAAAAUCACGCUCUUGUAGGGUUAAAUACGAAUACAGAAAAGACUAUUGGUCUCGUAAAAGAAGUCUUGUCGAAUCAGCGGAAAGGUGAUUCUGCUGGUGAACACUUGGGAAGCCCACUGGAGUACGAUGAGGUACCUCCAAUGCCGUUAAUUACUACUGGAGAACACGAUAAUCUUCUUAAAACACCCAGGGUUGAUCUAAUGUCGUACUCUCACUCGAAACGCUCAAAUUAUCCUGUAACUAAUACCAGUAGUAGCACUCUUAAUAGCGGACGCGGUAUACCAACGAGUUGCCCCGCAAACUACAAGGCCCGCUUUUCUCUAAAAGACAAAUCUACUGGAAUUCCACGUUUUGGUACUAAACCAGCUUCUUCCGACACUAUGCGCUGCAGAAUUGCGGGUUUGACUCCAAAUCAAACAGGUUUGCAGUUUGUACCCUUUCUUUUGGGUAAAGGUACAAAUACGUUUGAGUCGUUAUUAUCUGAUGUGACACAAACUCUGAAAUGGCGUCCCAUGGGUAUUAAUGCAAAACGUUUGUUUACGAUAGACGGAGUGGAAAUCACUCAUGUGAAUGAAAUUCUGAGCGAUAUGUCUCUUGUAGCGACACCCGGACAGGCAUACACUCCUAAUUCAGCACCUGCAAAAUCAUCGAUAGCUGCAACUGCGGUUAAACCAACAGUAAAAUCAGUAUCAAUAGAAUCCACACCAUUGACUGAAGCCAAAAACAAUCGAUCUGUGAAUGGAAAAACCUCUACAAAUACUUCUGUACGAAACAAAGUAGCAGAUAAACAUAAUCAGCGCCCACAAACAGUCAGUCCAUCUACAAAAUCACUUUCUUCCACUAAUGGGUCUCAAUCUCGUGAGGUAUCGACAACGAAAGGUAUAUCAAAACCUAUCUCUGUACGAGUAUUCUCAAAUGGGGAGUAUGGAGAUCGAGUAACAGAUCGAUUUCCAUUUCGAACAGUGACACUUCGUCCAAUUCAUAAAACGAUGAGGGCUAUUCUUAAUACGAUAGAGCGCGAGCUUGAGUGGCAUUCUAUGGGGAAGAAAGUGGAGAGAAUAUUUGAUGCCACAGGAGUUGAAAUCACAAGUGUGGAAGAGUUGUACGAUGGACAACCCCUCGUUGUAUCAACUGGAGAGCGAUUUAUUAUUCCUCACCCGACAAGUGUGUUACAUGAGGAUGUUAUGAAACUUUCAUCAGCCAUUAAUUUUUCUUCCUAA